AUGGCGCAGCGGGACGGACAGGAGAAGGGAGCGCUGUGGCAGCAGGGAGAGGAGAUCGCUGCCGGGCUGCACUGCCGCCACAGCGCAAGUUCCAUCAGUAAGGGCCAAGGAAGGACAGUGAAGCACAAAACUCUGUCCCAACUUUUUGUGCCGCGCGAAAGGGCGUGCGGGCUUCUGAGUACCCUCGGGGCGGCGGAGGCUCUUGGGACGGCUCGGGCCCUCCCUCCUAUCAUCCUGGCCCUUCUCUGCUUGGACGGCGUCUUCCUUUCCCCUACCGAGAAUGACUUUGUGCACCGCGUCCAGGAGGAGCUGGACCGCUUCCUGCUGCAGAAGCAGCUGUCCAAGGUGCUGCUUUUCCCCCCACUCUCCAGUCGCCUUCGGUACCUGAUCCAUAGAACAGCAGAGCAUUUCGACCUUUUGAGUAGCUUCUCUGUUGGGGAGGGCUGGAAGAGGAGGACAGUCGUCUGUCACCUGGACGUCAGGUUACCCAGCUCAGAUGGACUCUCUGGCCCCUGCCGCCCUCCUGCCUCCAACCCUAGCAAGUACCGAGGUCCUUGGCUCACCUCAAACCAGGGAGUGGCUUCUACACCCCGAGGGGCACGGGCAGGUCGGGGGCAACGGGGACGCAAGCCGGACCAGGCUUUAUAUGUGCCUCGGGUACUGCGCAGGCAAGAAGAAAGGACGCUGGCCCCUGCCCCGGGGCUCCAGGGUGAUGCCCCAGCUGGCAGGCGCCUGGAAGAGCCUGCGGAUGUCGGUGCUGGGGACCCCAGCUCUGAUCAGGAAUGCCCUGUGUUGAUGACUGAGGCAACAGAGGACCUAAAGGGCCCGGGCCAGCGCUGUGAGAACGAGCAGUUGCUGGACCCAGGGGACGCUCAGCCCUCGGGACCUGGGAGCCUCCCAGCGACGGGGGACAGCCUGGAGAAGGCCACACAGCUUUCGGCCGGUCUGCAGCCGGAUCUGGAAGAGGGGAGUGGGGGCGAGCUGGAGAAGAGCCUGGCGGCAGAGGAGGGAGAGGAAGACGUGGAAGAGGCGGGGCCCGGCGGCUGCUCCGAGGACGAGUACAGUGAGCUGCUGCAGGAGAUAACGGACAACCUGACUGAGAAGGAGAUCCAGGUAGAGAAGGUGCAUGUGGACACAUCCCCCUUCGUAGAGGAGCUGCCCGGAGAGCAGGAUUUUGCCCACGUGGUGGAGAUCUACGACUUUGAGCCGGCACUCAAGACCGAGGACCUGUUGGCAGCUUUUUCCGAGUUCCAAGAGAAGGAGGUCAAGAUCCAGUGGGUGGACGACACGCACGCCCUUGGCGUCUUCCCCUGUGUGGCCUCAGCUGCUGAAGCCCUGACCAAGGAUUUCUCAGGGCUCAAGAUCCGGCCCCUCACGCAGGGGAGCAAGCAGUCAAAGCUGAAAGCCCUGCAGAGGCCAAAGCUCCUGCGUCUGGCAAAGGAGAGACCACAGACAAGCACAGCAGUGGCGCGGAGGCUGGUGGCCCGGGCCCUGGGGCUUCAGCACAAGCAGAGAGAGCGGCCUGCUGUUGCGUCUCCUACCUCCGCGAGGCCCUGAGCGGCCAGCCCGCCUGGCCGGCCUGGCUCCGCCUCCCCAGGACUUGCUGGCGCCCCGAUGCCACAGCCUGUACAGAGAGAACAGCCCUGUGCUCCCACGGGAGUGUGGGGCAUCACUGGGGCGCUGUGGGCUUCAGUUUAGUUUCAGAAAUGGAGACAAAAAAUAAAAUGUUAUAAUGUGAUUGCUUCAAAAUAA